AUGGAGGACGGCGACGGCGUGGGAGCGAACGCUGCGCCCUCGGGGCUCCCCGCCGGGCUCUCGGCCUCUCAGCGCCGAGCCGAGCUGCGGCGGAGGAAGCUGCUGAUGAACUCGGAGGAGCGAAUCAAUCGCAUCAUGGGCUUCCACCGCCCCGCGGCGGGCAAGGGUGAUGAAAGUCACACGGAAUCCAAGCUGCAGCUGGAACAGGAGAAAUCAAACUCCCUUCCCAUCCCUUCCGUUUCCAAGCGAAUUGUGCUUGGGGAUUCUGUCUGCCCCGGGGCAGGGCCAGCCGAGCAUGCAGGCAGCAUGCUAGACCUCAGAGGGGAGAAGGACUUGUUCAGUAAAGCUCCGGAGCUGGGCAGUGAGGGGCCAGGUGAGCUCCGGCACCGCGGCAGAGGGGACCUGCCGCCUGAAGCGGCCCCGCGGCCCCCUAGCCACGGGUUGGAGCAGUACUUGUCCAGGUUCGAUGAGGCCCUGAAGCUGAGGAACCAGCUGAUGCACGAGAAGCCGAGCCAGGAGAACGGGAAUGCUGCAGAGGAGUUCGACUCGUUCCGAGUUUUCCGGCUGGUGGGAUGCGCCCUGCUGGCCAUCGCCGUCAGGGCGUUCGUCUGUAAGUACCUGUCAAUAUUUGCACCAUUUCUUACUCUACAACUUGCUUACAUGGGGCUCUCCAAGUACUUUCCAAAGUGUGAGAAGAAGGUGAAAACCACAGUGCUGACUGCUGCUCUGCUGCUGUCUGGAAUCCCUGCAGAGGUGAUCAGUCGCUCCAUGGACACCUACAGCAAAAUGGGAGAUGUUUUCACAGAUCUCUGUGUUUACUUCUUCACUUUUAUCUUUUGCCAUGAACUGGUUCUGGUUUUUGGUUCUCAAGCACCCUGAUGGCUGUAGAGCUCAAUGCAGUAGUUACACUAAAGCUUUCUGGACCAUAUUCCUUUAAUGUCUGGCUGUGCAGACGGGUUAAACCUUUGUUAAAAUCCUUUGCCUGAUCGAAUGCUUGAGAGGAGCCUUGAAUCGAGGCAUGUUGGGAAAGGGUGAGCAGGGUCCCAGGCUCAGUUGUGUUGGUUCUGUUUAUUUAAAUGCUGUGUCUAUCUAUUACAAAUGUGAAGACUAAGAUGUGUCAGUGGAUGACUUGUUUGGUUUAGUUAGGUGAUGCUGUCUCAGCCUCCUUCAUAAACAUUC